AUGUGUUGUAUUGAUGAUGGUUCUGUUAAAUUGGAGCCUAAUGAUCCUGGGGGAAUAAUAUGCCCUAUUAAUAUUGCUAGUGUCGAUGAGUUUGUGUAUUAUGAUGAUUAUGAUGCUUCUAUUCCGCUAAGUGGUAAUUAUAUAAUUCGGGAUAUGGUUAAAAGUGAUGAUGUUUUGGAUCUUUUUGGUGAAUUGAGCGAAGCUGUGAUCAGACCUGCCUGUAGUGGUGUUCGUAUGGUCAAUUUGAAUGGUCUUAUAAGGGCAUGUUCUACUUCUGUUGGUUCGAGGUGUUCAGACACAUUUUUGAAUUCUUCCAUUACUAUAAAUGAUGGCUUUAUAUUCGCAAUCAACCCUAGAGGAUUAGAGUAUCCUGUUGAUGUGUUUUGUGCUUUUAAAGACUAUAAUGAUAUACUAGUCAUCUGUAUAAAUCUUGGUGUUAAAGUGACGUCUCAGAAUGAAAGUGAAAAUGGUGAAUUCACCUUUGAUCCUUGUUUCUUAUUUGAUGUUAAUUCUGGUUCGUAUGAGUUUUUGAACUCUUUGGUUGGUGCAAAUGUUUGCUGGCUCUUUGAAUUUGUUCAGGAAGGGUUAAAGGGUCACUAUGAUGCUCUGUGUGUUACUUGUGAAUUGCUUGAUCUGUUAAAGUGUGGUGGUGCACUGGGAACUCUGUUUGCUAGAAAUGCUAGUAAUAUUAAUGGUUUGGAUAAUAAUGAGGUUCUUGUUGUUCUCACUAUGAUGGUUGAUUCCUGUUUGAUUUUUAAAGAAGAAACACAUGAGUGUCAUGUCAGAACAGCAAAGUUACAUAUUCUAGUUGCAUCUUUGGGGGAUAAUUUUGCUAAUACUGUUGCUUUUGCUGUUGCUGUUGAGUAUAGUGAUGACGUUCUGCCUAGCGAUUGCCCUUGUGCAUGUGGAAAUCCUGGUUAUAUUCGAUAUGGUUGGACAAGAACAGAGCAAAAAGAAGGCAGCGCUCAUGUCUAUGUUGGAGGCUUGGAGCAGCUUAUUCCUUGGAGAUGA